AUGGCCUGCUGUGCUACUAGCUUCUGUGGCUUUCCCACUUGCUCCACUGGAGGUACCUGUGGCUCUAACUGCUAUCAGCCCAGCUGCUCCCAAUCCAGCUGCUGCCAGCCCACCUGCUCCCAGUCCAGCUGCUGCCAGCCCACCUGCUCCCAGUCCAGCUGCUGCCAGCCCAGCUGCACCCAGUCUAGCUGCUGCCAGCCCAGCUGCACCCAAUCCAGCUGCUGCCAGCCCAGCUGCACCCAGUCCACCUGCUGUCAGCCCAGCUGCACCCAGUCCAGCUGUUGUCAGCCCAGCUGUUGCCAGACCAGCUGCUGCCAGACCAGCUGCUGCAAGCCCAGCUGUUGCCAGACCAGCUGCUGUGGCACUGGCAGUGGCCAGGAGGGUGGCAGUGGAGGCGUGAGCUGCCGUGUCAGGUGGUGCCGCCCUGACUGCCGUGUAGAGGGCACCUGCCUGCCCCCCUGCUGUGUGGUGAGCUGCACACCCCCAACCUGCUGCCAGCUGCACCAUGCCCAGGCCUCCUGUUGUCGCCCAUCCUAUUGUGGACAGUCCUGCUGCCGCCCAGCCUGCUGCUGCCACUGUUGUGAGCCCAACUGCUCUAAGCCCAGCUGCUCUGAGCCCAGCUGUUAA